AUGUCAGAAUUAAUUACUGGUGGCUUAUCCAGCUUUUAUGGCGGAAAACAAAAACGACAAUGGUCAAAGUUACAGGCUGCUGUAGAUGAGCAAGUGAAGAAACAACGAAUUGAGAAGAUACCUGAAACAUUUAAACAGACGAUAUUGGGCCCGUCUGUGAAAUGGAAGACAUUCUUCAGACAACAAGAUGCUUUUCUAUAUGCAAGGAGCCAAGCAGCUGAUUUACAUGUGUUUGCAUUUGAAAGCGAGAUCCUUGGGUCAGAAAGUGGACAGAGACAGUAUUUGGUGACAUCAUACCCUGUGUUCUGGCAUUACUACAGGCAGCUGAAGAAAAGCAGUCGACAUCACUAUGAAGUCAUACCAGAAAAUUCUGUUUGUAAACUCUACUUUGACUUGGAGUUUCUGAAGGAAUACAAUCCCGGCAGAGAUGGCAAUCAUAUGGUAGAGGUCUUUAUCAAGUAUGUCAAUUACUGGUUACAACAGAAGUUUGGGAUCAGCUGUGACAGGAGAAGAAUUCUGGACCUAGAAGCCAGCACUGAUAGGAAAUUCAGUCGACAUCUGCUGUACCUGAUUCCGGGAGUAGCCUUUAGAGAUAACAUACAUGCAGGAAAUUUUGUUCAUUUUAUGGCUGGAGAGUUGAGGAAACAUUGUAAUGGGAAUGACAAGGAAAACCUGUUGUUGGAGAAUGAGACAUUUAUGUAUGGUCAAGGUCACAAAGAGGAGACCAAGGAACUGCCGGAGGGUGUUACAACUCCUAACUUGGAGGAUAUUGAGGCACUCAGGCUUGGUAAAGGUCACACACAGGUCAGGCAUGGUAAAGGUCAUACAGAGAAAAAGAGAGAAUUGCCGGAGGGUGUUACAACUACAGAGCUGGAGUCCCUGAUGGUGAAAAACAAGGAAGGAGAGGAUGUGUGGUUCUGUGAUCUAGGUGUGUAUACAAAGAACAGGAACUUUCGACUCUACUUGUCUCGUAAGCUGGGAAAAGACAACCCACUGGUUCUAUCAUCUGAUAAUUUGUACAACCCAACACCUACCAGGCAGAGGUCGACAGAAGGUCCCAACCAGGGAACCAGGCAGAGGUCGACAGAAGGUCCCAACCAGGGAACCAGGCAGAGGUCGACAGAAAGUCCCAGCCAGAGUUCCAGGCAGAGGCAGACAGAAGGUCCCAGCCAGAAUACCAGUUGCAGGCUGACAGAAGGUCCCAGCCAGAAUACCAGCUGCAGGCUGACAGAAGGUCCCAACCAGAAUACCAGCUGCAGGCUGACAGAAGGUCCCAACCAGAAUACCAGCUGCAGGCUGACAGAAGGUCCCAACCAGAAUACCAGCUGCAGGCUGACAGAGGAUCAAUCGGAUAAAGACAAACAUAUAUUCAUGGACUCCCUUGUUGCAAAUGUACAAUACCAGCCUGAUACAAGAAUUCUAUCAUUUGACAGUGAGCGGAUUCAGUCUCGUUCAUCAGUGGGUCAUCAAAAAGAUGACAGACAAGAGAUUGCAGACACUUUGGAUGGACAUCAUCAUUCUCCGUAUCCAGAACUGGAUAAAUACAUCACAUCCUAUGUACAAAGAAAUGGAACCAAAGGACAGAUCCGUCACUGGACAUACUUUUCAGAAGGGGAGAUAAUUGUGUAUGAAAUUUGCAGGAACCGAUGGUGUGAAAAUAUUGGGCGUCCUCACAAGAGCAACAACAUUAUGUUGAUUGCUGACCUGAAGAAGGCAGUAUACUACCAGAAAUGUCAUGAUCCCGUCUGUAAGAUGCAGAAUUUCAAGUCGCCAGACUACCCUUUGCCCAGAGAGGUGCUCCCUUCAAGCUUUUUUGAUGAGUCAGAAAUUGACCUUGAGGGAGAGGUGGAUGAUCAAGAAUGUCUUAAAGCUGUUAUUGAUAUGGAAAGUUCACUCACUGAUGUUACUGAAGUCAAUUCUUGGACUGGACAGAAAUCUGAAAUGAUCAGUUAUGUAAGUCCGUGUGUUAAUAGAUCUACAAAUGAUUCAAGUGUGGUGUAUAAACCUGGUCCAGCCAGAAUGACACACAAUGCAAUGGAUCAAAAUAAAAAGACAGGUGGAACUCCAGAAAGGUGUGUUGUGACUUUGAAUGCAGACGAUACUGAUGACAGUGGAGUUUGUGGAAUAUCGACUACGACAAAUAAUACAAUAGGGAGUCAGGAUGACGAGGACUGCUGGGAUGGGGACGAUGACCUCCUCACAGCUAUCAAUGUAUAA